CAGGGCUGGAGAUAAAAAGACCGACCGACACACACUCCUCCCACUAUUCAGUACAUUGAAUUACUCUGCCUGGUACCGCCGCUCACAAAGACAAGAGGAGGCACGCUUUACCUUGAGAGGGGACAAAGCAGAGGACGGAGCAACUCUAAAUAUGACACGGGACGUCUUUUAGCUAUCGCCGAAGCCACCGACACCGUCCCGUACUCACCCGGCUCUUUCCUCCCUUUUGUUUUCGGUGUGAAACUUUGACUCUGUCAGCAUUUAGCGACCACCCACCCUCUCACACGUUACCUUUGACACGAGUUGUCCCCGUUUGACUCUCGGGAGAGGAGAGGGGGGUGAGCGUUUUUACCGGGGAGAGAAAGAAAAAGGAAAAGCCUCAACGUGUGCCGCAAAGCUAACUAACCCGAAAUCAGAGGAAAGUGGUAGCAGCCCCCUCAGACAGGAUACUUUGUAGUCAGUGGGAUGUUAGAGCGCUGGAAGCAGGACUGACUGCAGGAGCAUGGUGAAGCACCAACCCCUCCAGGUCUAUGAGCGCCAGCUGUGUUUGUCAUGUAUUACUGGGAUCUACGGUUGCCGCUGGAAACGCUAUCAACGUUCCCAUGAUGACACCACCAAGUGGGAGCUGCUGUGGUCCCUCAUCCUCCUUUUUACCUUCUGUCUGCUGCUGGUCUGGUUCUACUUCUGGUGGGAGGCACAUAACGACUACAAUGAGUUCAACUGGUUCCUCUACAACCACUCUGGGGAGUGGAGUGAUGGCACUGUCCCCAUCCUGGCCACCACCGCUGCUGGCUUCACCUACAUUGCAUUUUUAAUGAUUUUAGCACUUUGCCACAUUGCACUUGGGCAGCAGUUGAAUCUACACUGGCUCCAUAAGAUAGGAGUGACUGCUGCUCUGCUCACCACCAUUGUUGGAGUGAUAUCGAUCAAUCAAACAUGGGGGCAAGAGUGGGAUGUCAUCCCCAUCUCCCUGCAGGCAACAGGUCCGUUCCUGCACAUCGGGGCUCUUGCAGCGGUCACAGCACUGUCGUGGAUUGUUGCUGGACAGGUCGCCCGUUCAGAAAAAACAAUGUUCCAGGUGGUGGUCAUGCUGCUGUAUCUCAGUGUGUUACUGGGACUCUACGUGGUGCCCCUGUAUAUCACCUCCCCCUGCAUCAUGGACCCCACCACCCUCAAACAACGCCCUGAUGUCAUUGGCCACCAGGGAGCCCCCAUGCUUGCUCCAGAGAACACACUGUGGUCCUUCCAAAGAGCUCUACAGAUGAACGUCACUGGGUUAGAGACUGACGUGGCUAUCAGUGUGGACGGAGUGCCUUUCCUGAUGCGCGACCGCACCCUGCAGAGAACCACAGACGUCGCGAAGGUUUUCCCAGACAGACAGAAGGAUGACGCCUCGCACUUCAACUGGACAGAUCUGCAGCAGCUCAACGCAGGACAGUGGUUCCUCAAGGAUGACCCCUUCUGGACGGUACACACCCUGUCCCCCCACGAGAAAGAUCUGAUUGCCAACCAGAGUGUGUGCAGCCUGGAGCAGCUUCUAAAGCUGGCUUCCUAUCAUAACAGCACAGUGGUUUUCUGGCUGAGGAGACCCCCAAAAGAGCACCCCUGCUACCACAGCUGGAUUAAUGAUACACUGCAAGCUGUGCAGCAAUCUGGGGUCCCUCAGAGUCUGGUGAUGUGGACUCCAGAUGAACAAAGAGCUCAGGUGGGACGGCUAGCACCUGGUCUGAUCCAGACCUCAGUGGACAAACAGAGUCCUCAAAGUCUCCAUCAGUACGGCAUCAGCAGGCUGCUGCUCAGAUACAACCAGGCCAGCACGCAGGACAUCAGAAACUACUCCCAGAGUAACAUCAACCUCACCCUUUACACCAUCAACGAGCCCUGGCUGUACUCGGUGCUUUGGUGCAGCGGGGUGUCUUCGGUGUCCUCAGAGGCCCCACAUAUCCUCAGUAAGGUGCCUUACCCCAUCUGGCUCAUGAGACCAGAUGAAUACUGCCUGAUGUGGGUGUCAGCAGACCUCAUCUCCUUUGCUGUAGUCAUAGGAAUAUUCAUUUUCCAGAAGUAUCGGAUGAGCGGCAUGCGCAGCUACAACCCUGAACAGAUCAUGCUGAGCGCUGCGGUCAGGAGGUCCAGCAGAGACCUCAACGUGAUGAAGGAGAAACUCAUCUUCUCUGAGGUGGGGAACGGAGUUGGCAGUGCUGAUGAGCUGUACGCGGACAAUGGCUACGACUACUACACCAAUCAGGGCAUUAGCCAGUGAUUGUGACUCAGCCUGUGUGAAUCUGCUGUAGCAAGACGGAGACGACAACACU